AAAAAUAAGUUAACUCAAGAGAGACAGUGGCCAUCAUCGGACUGUUCUUUAAAUGGCCAAAAUAAUGGUGGGAUCUGGAAAUAAUGUCUAUCCUGAAAACAACCUGGCGAUAAGACGACAACCACAAAAAAUGUAAAAACUGACUUUGGGAUUGAUCAUGGCUAAAGAAUAUAAGGAUAAGAAAAAACCUCAUUGGGAGCCAUCUCACCAAAUUAAACGUCCAGAUGGAAUAAAAUCUUCAGACUACACCAAUGCCAAACAGUUCAUUCCUUCCUAUGAAAAAGAACCUACUAAAAUGGCCUACAUAAUGAGCAACGAAUAUGCAAGAAUUUGGCAAAAAGAACGAGAAGAAUUCGACAAGUCUGUUGUUCAAGAAACUAAGCCCCCUGCCAAGAAGAUCAUUGUUAGAGGGGUAAAGAAAAAGCCAAAUCUCAAGAAAGAUAGUGAAAUAAACGUCAAUUUGAAAAAGGGAAAAUCUAAAAUUCUGAAACCUUAGUUAAAAAUUAAAUGUGCAAAGCAAUUUAUAACUCUUGUUGAUGUUCAUAAAAUUGUGUACAUUAAACUGACAAAUUUCAGCAUA